CGUGAUCAUAUCUUUAUCGAUAUCGCGAUUCCCAAUCCAACCGCGAACAACAUCCGCAAUCACCUCGUAGAUCUGUGAACACAUGGAGAAGGCUUCGCUUCCGCUCUCGCCUGCGCGCCCGCGCCCGCGCCCGCAGUCCAACGACUCGGUCUUCAAGCGCAUUGCUCUCGCGCUGCUAUGUGCCACCGUCCUCAUUCCCUGCGCAAUCAUCCUUCCUGGUCCUCGAACAGGUGCCGCUCUCCUGCGCAACCUCGUUCUCACCCAGAGCCCAAGCCAACAUCCAAUGUCUUCUUCUGUCCCCCUCAAUACCACUUCUGCUCCCCUAGAGGUCUUUCAAGUCUACGACGACCCCCUUCUCUCCGUCACAGAUCCUGUCGCCUCCGUCGUCGUCAUGGACCACGUCUUUGGCUUCUCCUACGGCCGUCCCUUCGUCGGCAAAUACACUCCUCCCAAUCUCGACUUCAACCGAGUUCUCUUCACCCUCUCCGCUACCUCAAAAGGCAGACAAUUUGAUCGCCUUGCCCUCGUCUUCCUCGGCGACCACGAGAUCUGGCGUACCUCCACCGCAGAGCCAACAGCAAACGGCAUCCAUUUCGGAUACACAAAAGAUCUCUCCCACUUCCUCUCGCUCUUCAAAUCUGACCAAAAACUCAUCUUUGAAAUGGGUAACCUGGUCGACGAUACCUACACAGGCGCCUUCCACAUCAUCCUCACCGCUACUUUCUACAACGACAAACUCUCCGAUACUCCUCCCGAUCUCAUCCUCCCAAUCUCGGCCCGCAGAAGCACGGCCGACAAGCCCUCUCACUUCCUCCUUCCGCAAGACUCGGCCGCCGUCCAACUCAGUCUUCCUCGCUCGGCCACAAAAGCCGUCGCCCUCAUCACCGCCUCUGGAAACGCUGCCGAAGAGUUCUGGUACGCAAACAUCAUCUCGUCCGAAAAGGACGCGUUCCCGGGUGAGUCGAUGCUCGCCCACGGCCCCCACCGCGAGGUAGGCCUCUACGUCGACAACAAACUGGUCGCCUCCACCUUCGCAUUCCCCAUCAUCUACACCGGCGGCAUAUCCCCCGGCUUCUGGCGUCCCAUCGUCGGAAUCAGCGCCUACGACGUGCCCAUGUACGAGUUUGAUAUAACCCCUGCUCUCCCUCUCCUCUGGGACGGCGCCAAACUCGAAAUCAAGGUCCUCACCGGCGACGCUCUCGAGCCAGUCAUCGAGCACGACUGGGUCGUUUCCGGAAACGUCUUGGUCUGGACAUCGCCCGAAUUGACCGCUACUGCCGGAAAGCUCGUCGAGUUUGACAUUUCGCCGCUGAACGUGCUCAAUCAAGUCACCAAGAGCACCGACAAUUCCGAGCUCAACGUGACCUCCGUCGCCAGUCGAUCCGGCAAGCUCUCCUCCGAAAUCACAUACUCCAACUCCGCCGCUUCGUCAAAGCCAUUCAAGAAGAUCUUCUCGUCAGAGUGGGCCCUCAAAUCUGAUAAUGUCCAGCAGUACGCGCGAUCAGGUCAGCACCAGCGCGUCACUGCGCAAACCGACAUCAGCCAAUCCUCAUCCCUCCUCGGCGCCCGCGGGCUCUCCUACCCACUCGACCUCACCACCGCCUACCAACUCUCCCCCGUCCUGAAAAUCACCGCCGAGCUCGCGCGCGGACUCACAGACGACAUCGACAAACAAAGCAGUCUAUGGACCCACCAAUCCGGCAGCGCGUACUACAUCGGCCAAGACGCACAAGGCAACGGCCCCUUCGGCGGCGGCGAAACCGAGCAAGGCUUUAUCAGCGGCGCCGUCUCCGGCUCGCAGUACUGGCGCACCGUCCGCGCCGUGAACGGCAACGUCGUCCGCGAUCUCGAGGUCAGACAUCUCGCCGACGACGAGGACUCCGGCGCGCUCGUCGACAAAGACGAGCUCAUGUCGGAUCAAGACCGCGACGGCGACGAGUUCAGAAGCCAAGUCCGGCCGGGCAACGGCGAGAACGUCAUGUUCUCUGGUUGUUUGGACGAGUAUAACCAGCGCGUCGCGACCUCGGACGUUAAAAUCAACGCUAGCGAAGACGAGCAGUUGAAAAAGUGCAUCAAGCGCAUGUUUGGUCGGGGACCGAUAUGACCUGCAGAUUACUUUUUUUGAUAGAAUUUGUGUUUUUAUGAGGCGUGGCGGGUCGGUGUUUAUGGACAGUGUUUAAUAAUCAGCAAAAUGUUUGUAGUUUUCCCUUUUUCUUCUUGUUUGAUGCAUUAGAUGGUUUUGAUUAAUGUACUUAAAACACAAAGUCAACUUCUCUGA